AUGAAGAGACAAAGUUCAAUUCAAGAUUUUUUCACGAAAAGACAAAAUGUGAAUAGACCUGGAGUUGAAAAUUUAGAAGCCCGCGUUGCCGUGGAAGGACAAAGUGAAAUUGCUUGUGCCGAUGUCUUUCAAACGAGCUCCUCUGGUCAAGAUGUGGAAGGUAUUUUUCAAGUUAUUAAAAAUGUAAACGAUAUUGGAAAUUACUGUCAAAGGAGUUAUAUUUGUUCAUUAACAAAUGAUGAAAAAGUUUCAUUGUUAGAAAAUGUAUGGAAACCUCAGUCUGGUUACAAAUUUCCUACCACUUCGAUUUCAAACCACACGAGAUCCUUUCAAGCAAAAUGGCUUGAAGAAUUUGAGUGGUUAACGUAUUCAGAGGAGAAAUGCGGAGCAUUUUGUAAAUACUGCGUGUUUUUCUCUCAGAGCGAACAUGUAGGGAAAGGAAAUCACCAAUCAUUGGGAAUAUUUGUGACCCAGCCUUUCAUAAAUUUCAAAAAAGCUAGGGAAAUGUUCAAAAAUCAUCAAGAUUCGAAAUACCAUAGGCAAUCCAUUUUGAUUGCUGAAAACACAAAAUCCUUGAUUAAAAAAAAACGUGAAAGUGUUAUUGAUCAAGUGAAUUCUCGAAGAAAAUUAGAUAUUGAGAAUAAUAGAAAGAAACUGGUUGCUAUAAUUCAAACUAUUAAGUUAUGCGGAAGGCAAAUGAUUGCUCUCAGAGGUCAUAAUGAUUCUGGACGAGUGAGUCUUGAAGAACCUGACGAAAAUGAUGGAAAUUUCCGAUCAUUGUUGAGAUACCGAGCUAACAGCGGAGAUAAUCUUCUUAAGGACCAAUUGAUCAGUGCUGGUGGAAAAACAAUGUACACAAGCCCUGUCAUUCAGAACGACAUCAUUAACACAUUUGGUUCUUUGAUUCAAUCCAAAAUUGUGGCAAAAGUAAGGAAUUCUAUCUUCUAUUCUGUUUUAGCGGAUGAAACCACUGAUAUAAGCCAAAUAGAACAAUUUUCACUUUGCAUUCGCUAUGUUGAUGAAGAAACUUUCAAAAUCAGAGAAGAUUUCCUAACAUUUGUCCCCGUUCAUGAUGUAACUGGUGCAGGUUUGGCGAAAACUGUAUUAGAGACCUUGUCAAAUUUAGGUCUUGAUUUGAACAAAUUGAGAGGCCAAGGAUACGAUGGUGCUGCCACUAUGAGUGGCAAGUUCAGAGGAGUUCAAGCUGCUAUCAGAGAAAAACUACCAUUGGCCCUUUAUACACAUUGUUCUUCGCAUACACUCAACUUGUGCUUGUCAGAUGCAAGUAGCAUUUCCUCUAUUAGAAACUGCAUGGGUGUCAUUAAAGAAAUAUGUGCAUUCUUUCAUGCAUCAGCUAAGAACACAGAGAUUUUAAAAUCCACGAUUUCAGAGUGCUUUCCUGAUGAAAAGAGAAAGAAGCUGAUUUCAUUGUGCGAAACGCGAUGGGUGGAGAGACAUGACUCAGUUAUUCUAUUCAAAGAAAUUUUAGAAGCUAUCAUACUCUCCCUACAUAAGAUAGAAGAAUCUAGUGUUUCAUCAACUAAAGCAUUUGCUUUAAGUCGUGCCAUUUGUACUUUUCCAUUUAUUGUUAAUCUUUUCAUUUUGAGCCAGAUGCUGUCGACUACACACAGCUUGUCUGAGACCCUUCAGAAAAAAAACAUUGACCUUAGUCAGGCUAUAAGCAACAUCACAACUGUUUUAGACCUACUGUCAAAACAGAGAUCAAAUGCCGAGCAAACGUUCAAACCAUUAUAUGAACAGGUGAAGACAAUAGCCUCCAAACUUUUUGUCACAGAAGAGCUUCCACGAUUUUGUCGGCUUCAAACAACACGCAACAAUGUACCUUAUACCACAGAAGAAGAAUAUUAUAGACGAGCAGUUUAUGUGCCAUACCUGGAUGAUUUUUGUGAAGCGUUAAGGGAAAGAUUCCAAUCUCAUAAAGACACAAUAAUAUCUUUACAAAACAUUCUUCCACAAUUUUGUAUCAGAACAGACAUCACUUCAUUAGAAGCUGCAUUGAAAUUAUAUGAACCAGAUUUGUCAUUUAACGACAUUGUGCGAAGUGAGUUUAAGCUGUGGAAAGAAAAGUGGAAACAGGAAAGACCUGAAGUUCUGCCAAAAACGGCGAUUAGUUCUCUAGAAAACUGUGACAAAGAUCUAUUCCCCAACAUUUAUAUCCUUCUAAAAAUACUAGCUGUCCUUCCCGUGUCAGUCGCUACCGUUGAAAGGACUUUCUCUAGCCUAAGAAGACUGAAAACUUACCUAAGGAACAGCACAUCUGAGAAUAGACUAAAUGGUCUCGCAUUACUCUCUAUUCACAGAGACAUCACAGUUAGCGACGAGGAAGUUCUUGAUAAGUUUGCUAGUGUACCGAGAAAACUGGGGUACCCAGCAGCUGUUGGUAACAACACUAAGUUGGGUGAAAAACCAGUUUUAACACCUGAAUUAGAAGAGGAACUGGUGCGGUAUUUACUCCUGAUGGAUCAGAAAUUUUUUGGUCUGACGAGACGAGAUAUCCGAUCUAUGGCGUUUCAACUUGCUAAGCGCAACCACAUACCGCAUCCAUUCUCCAUGUUGCGGAAAUGCUGGAUUCAAGUUAUACUUCUGAUGGGAACAAGCGAGGGAACAAUCCUGAUCAGGCAAAUUCCUUAUCUACACUUACUAUAUCAGAAUGUGAAAAUAAAACAAGUAAAUUGGAAUUCAUUGAACCAACUACACACAACAUGCCGACCGGAAAGAGAGUUCACUGCGACAAUAUUAGUGCUGGCGGUCAAAGUAUUGAACGACAAUCCCCAGAAGUGUUCGACAGUGUGA